AGAACCGCCGGUGGCGCUCCGACGCUGAAAUUGUCCGGGUGGAAACUGCGCUCGCUGUCGAGUUCUGCAAGGUCGCCACGUGAGGGCUGGCCCUCGCCUUGUUUAAAAAGAAAAAGAAAAAAAGAAAUCAGCGCUAAAGCGCGAAGAUGACUUUCGUUGCGUCGAUUUGUCCUCUCUUCGGGGGACGGCAGUUGACCCUGGCCGCCUCGACUUUACGCUCCUCGGUGCGGGGCCUGAAGGGUCAGAGUGUAAGACUCGGACUCCACAACCUGGAAAAAAACGAUUCUCUGAAAGGUGAAAUCGCCGAAAUGGUCGCAAACGCAGAGCGGGAUUCGACCUCAGAUCGAAGGUUUCUCGCCUGCCCCCUGUCAGCGCGUAAAGUGGCCUCCCAGCUGACGAGGGGACGAAAUUUGGAGCAGUCCAAAACCUACCUUCUAGAAUUCGAGGCAGGUCCUGGAGUGUUGACUCGAAAACUGCUUAAUACUGGAGCCCACGUCAUAGCUCUGGAGAGUAAUAAAUCAUUUCUUCCUAAUUUAGAGUCUCUAAAGAAAGAAUUUGAAAACCAAUUGGAAGUGGUGCAUUCCAACUUCAUAAAAUUGGAUGGUAAUCCAUAUGCAUUGUUGAAGGGUGAAUUAUGUUCUGAAACACUUUUUAACAACCUGAGAAUCUUCGAAGUUCCUUGGACAUCAGAUGUUCCUCUAAAAGUGGUUGGAAUUGUCCCCACAAAAGAUGAACGGAGUUUUAUUUGGAGAUAUACUUAUUUUUUAUAUGAAUGCAGCUCUAUAUACAACUAUGGAAGAAUAGAAUUAAACUUGUUUGUCAGUGAAAGAAUGUACAAGGUUUUUGUUGCAAAACCUCCAGAUAAAAAGUUUUACCAGGCACUAAGUGUACUUUGGCAAACAGCUUGUGAUAUUCAACUUUUACAUAAGGUGCCUGGCUCUUCAUUUUUAACUACUUCAAGAAAAAAGUCAUCGAGAUCAAAUAGUGUGAAUGAACUCUUAUAUUUAGUACAACUAACACCACGCAAAGAUUUAUUUACAGACUUCUUGACAACUGCUAAUUCAAAAACAUUUAUUUCGAUGGUAAAGCAGUGUUUUGGUAAAGCCUCAACUAAGCUACACAACAAAUUGAAUUUAUGGACUUACGAGAAUGCAAGGAACUUGCUGAGAGAUUUGGAGAUUCCAGAAGAGGUUACAGCUGGUAGUUUAUACCCAGAGGCAUACAAAUCUCUCUUUGAACGUAUGGAACAGUCUAAUCAAAUUGAUCGGAGUUUGUUCUGUGACAUUGAUUUAUUGGCAGAUGACAAUGUAGUUCUUUAAAAUGAAGACUAUUUAAUUUAUGUUUUUUUAUGAACUGAAAUACAAUACAGAGGACCACAUACCUUGAAAUCUUACAAAGAAGAUAAUCCCUAUGUGUACGAGGAUGAUAGUUCUAGAAAAUUUAAAUUAUGCAAACAAGGAAAUAUAAUGGAUCCUAAAUGAUCAACUCUGAAGUUGCUGUAUCUUGGAAACUGCAAAGAUUAGAAAACAAUAUGUACACCAUCAGUUCUGUAUAAAACAUAGUAUCUUCUAAAUCAGUAUUUUACCAGAGUAACAGUGAAUGAAAAACAUGGGGGAGAGGGGAGCAUUUUUGUUUAAUCUUAAAUACAACUUGUUUAAUCUGUAUCUUGCCUUUACUGUAUCCCACUUUGUAAAAUGACUAUAUAAGUUAUAGUAUACUAUAGCUUAUACUAUAUAAAAUAAGCAAUUCUUAAUUAAAAACGGGAGUUGUUUCCUACUAGUUUAUAGGAUCAGGUUGCUUCAGAUGUAACAUUUAAAGAUGGUUAUAUAAUAAAAUACUGGGAAUUUUAAGAAAUUGUCCAUUGGGCAUAGGGCAAGGUGAGAUGGAAAAUGUAUGUGAAGAUAAAAAUUGUAGUUCCAAUGCAUGAAACAUAUUGAUAUUCCAUCAGAAAUGUUUUUAAAUAUUACAAAACAUAAGUAUGUUUUCAAAAUAAUUGGUCUUUUAAGUUGUGUCAGCAAUUAAAAUUAGACCAUGUAAACUA